AUGAAAGAAUCUACAAGUGAAAAAUAUAUAAGAACCUUGGUUGCACAAUAUUUACAAAAGAAAGGAUUUAAAUCCACCUUAGCUUCAUUUUUGAACGAAGCUAACGUACCACUUGCCGUUACUAAGAAUGAAAACCAAGAACAAUUAGACGAUUUAGAAACUAUAAUAAAGGAACGAAUUCAGUUCAAUGAACAUAAUAUAUCUGAUAAGUUAAAAAGAUUGACAUUAAAUGAUUUUUCAACAAACAACAAUAACACGUCAGAGUACAGCUCUCAUUUCUCCUCAUGGGAUUAUAAGAAGAUAUUCGUAGAACAAAGCCAUGUAGAAUGCUCAGGUAUACCACUGUCAGUAGGAUUUGACGCCCCUAACGAUGAGGACAUAGUGGUUUCCACAUCUGCCAAAGAAGUAAAUAUAUACGGAAAUAAAUCAGGAGAUUUAUUAGGUAGCUUGAAACCAAUAUCUGGUAUAGCAAAAUUGUGUGGUUCUAUCGGAAACUACUAUUACACAGCAUCAAUGGAUGGAUCAUUGAACAUCUACGGUGACGAUUUGAAUUUACUUGUCAAUAGAUGUAGUAAAAUACAUGGGAGAAUGAUCACUAAUGUCAAGUUUUGGUACAAUGGAAAUGAAAAAUGCUGGUUCAUUAUUAGUACUGGUCUAGAUCAUAUCCUAAAGUUAACUAAAAUGAAAAUAUCGCCUGAUUGCGCUGUGACAUUCGAGGAAUUAGCUUCUACAGGAGUUCAAGCUUGUACAGGAUUAGAACUACAUCCCAAUGGAGACAAUAUGCCUAGCAUAUUAGUAUGUAAAGCAGAUUUUACAAAAGUUACUUGCUAUGAAAUAAUGAAUGAUCAUCAAUUCACCAUCUCGUAUAACAUUGCUUUGAAUAAUACUGAAUUUAGUUCACAUUCAUUCAGUGUCAGAGCUAUGACUAUUAUUGAACAUUCAAAUCCUAUACUCUCAUCGUAUGAUAAUGAUACUGAUUUUUUGAUUGUUCUCACUUCACAUAUACCUUACAUGAGAGUUAUAGUGGCUGAAUUGCCAAAAAGAGAAAAUAUUAAGGACGAACUUUCAGAAAAAGACCCCAUUAUUCCGACAUAUUGGGACAAGAUACGUAGAAAUAUUGCGACGGAGAUAUUCCAAGAUAAUUAUUCACAACCAGUUGUGACCGUACUCGAUCAGUGUAAAGGUAUAAUUAUUGGUGCAGAUAAAGGUAUUUACGGUCUUGACGUAAAUACUGGAGAUUCAUGGAAAUUAGAUAUGCCUAAUUUUGUAAAUGAUGAAAGGGUCAAGUGUUUGAGUAGUAAUCGUGGAGGAUCUGCAUUCGCAGCAGGAUUGGCUAACAAAUCGGUGCACCAAUGGUCCGUUCUAUAA